AUGGGGAAGCUGAUCUCCAAAGGCCAGCAGAGAAGGGAUGCACGAGUUGUCAUGCUGGGGCUCGACUUCGCUGGCAAAUCCACGCUGCUGUACAAACUGAAGAGCAACCGGGCUGUGGAGACCUGCCCAACGGUGGGCUUCAAUGUUGAGUCUCUGCAAACACCCUGCCAAGUGUCCUUCACCCUCUGGGACGUCGGUGGACAAGACAGCCUGCGGGCAACCUGGCCCGACUACCUGGAGGACACAAACACCCUCAUCUUCGUGCUGGACAGCACAGACACAGACCGGCUGCCUGAAGCAGCAGCAGCGCUGGAGGAAGCGCUGAGCCACCCCAGCAUGGCCGGCGUCCCCGUCCUCCUCCUGGCCAACAAGCAGGAGGUGCCGGGAGCGCUGGCUCCUGCUGAGCUGGGUGAGAGGCUGUGUCAGGAGCAGCUGGAGGGGCGCCGCUGGGUGCUCCAGGGGUGCAGUGCCUACACCGGACAGGGCCUGCAGGAAGCCCUGACCAUCCUGGGAGAGCUGCUGCGAGCCAAAAGAAAAUGUUUGGAACAACAGGCUGUUUAUCUUUUAUUUCCUUUUUG